AUGUUGCUGAAAGUAGCAUUCUUGUCCGUGGCAGCUUUUGCCUCCUCGGUGUAUGCCGCCUUUGGCUUCACCUCGUCGGGCGGGAACUACAUUAUCGAUGCCGGCUCGGAUAACCCGCUCAUCCUCACCGUCAGUGGCAGCAGCUGCGAUAUCACCUCGAUCAAGUAUUAUGGCACCGAGCUUCAGAGCAGUACCAAGGGUACACAACUUUCUUCUGGUCUUGGAUCCGCAACGGUGAAUGUGCAGCAGAUCACAGGUAGUUCAACCAACUACAUCAAAGUGACAUGCACCACUUCCACUCUUACCCACUAUAUGGUUGUGAGGCAGGGUGAUAGCACCAUCUUCCUGGUACGGAACGUCACUGACUCUUCCUUUUCAAAGGCCACGUACAUAUCGGCAGAACCUGACAUUGGUGAACUCCGCUUCCUCGCCCGCCUGAAGUCCUCUGAGUUGCCUGAAGAGUACCCCUAUGGCUUGGUGUCUACCACUGCCGGCAGCACGACGGCAGUCGAAGGUACAGAUGUUUAUCUCGUGGACGGCCAGACUCGCUCCAAAUUCUACUCGAGCACGAGGUUCAUCGACAAGGAUGCGCAAUGUGUAUAUGGUGGUUCGGACCAGAAGCAUGUCUGCAUGCUGGCACCGCAGCCUGAGUCGUCGUCCGGUGGGCCAUUCUUCCGCGACAUCGAAUCGAACAACGCUGGCGACGAUACAAACUUGUACUGGUACAUGAACAGCGGCCACGUCCAAACCGAGGCGUAUCGGACCAACGUCCUGCAUGGCCCGUACCUCAUGACCUUUUCUCGUUCGGGUGUCCCGUCAAUCAAGACUGCGGACACAUCGUUCUUCUCGGAACUUAGCAUCACCGGUUACGUCCCCACCUCUGGGCGCGGUUAUGUCUCAGGCACUGCCUCGGGUGUUGCCAGCAGCUUCCAGACCGUUGUUCACUGGUACAACUCAGCUGCCCAGUACUGGGCUAUUGCGACCUCGGCCGGCGCAUUCACGUCACCGGCCAUGAAGCCAGGCACAUACACGAUGGUCCUGUACCAGGGUGAAUACAAGGUUGCCACUGCCACGGGCGUCACCAUCAGUGCCGGUCAGACCACGUCCAAGAGCAUCGCCAGCACCGAGACAUCGCGGAAUUCGCUCUGGAAGGUCGGCGAGUAUGACGGCCAGCCUACUGGCUUCCUCAACGCAGACAAGUUCCUACGCAUGCACCCUUCUGACACACGCAUGAGUGCCUGGACUCCCGUGACCUACACGGUCGGGUCCUCUUCGAUAGGCCAGUUCCCCAUGGCACUCUUCCAGACCGUCAACAACCCCGUGACUAUCAAGUUUACUCUCGCCUCGGCUCCGGGCGCUGCAACUCUGCGCAUUGCCACGACACUGUCCUUUGCGGGGUCACGCCCCCAGGCCGUGGUCAACUCCUGGACCGGGCCUGCCCCGGCGGCUCCGACCAAGAUCGACUCCCGCGGCGUUACACGUGGUGCUUAUCGUGGCUAUGGCGAAGUCUACGACGUCAGCGUACCAGCCGGCACCUUAGUUGCUGGAUCCAACACCAUCACCAUCAGCUCAAUCUCGGGCAGUAGUGGGACUACCUUCUUAAAUCCUAACUUUGUAAAGCCAACCCCUUUUCAACCAUCACUGAUCUUGCAAAUGCUGACACCACAAUUUCGACAGAUUUUCGACUGCGUUGAGCUCUUUAUUACGUAA